UGUCAUUUCAUAGUGUCGUUGACGUUUGAACUUUGAUAUAAAAUGAAAAAUAUUUAAAAAAAGAUACUGUGAAAAUAUCUCAAAUAUAUUUUAUUAUUCAAGUGAACUUAAAUAUCAUUAUGUGGUACCAAAGAAGGCUAUUGCCACCGAAAAUAUAGCAUCAUAUAACAAAUCCUCACAAAAAGUUGCGUCAUCUCUGCAAUCAUUGCAUACGAAACAUGCACCUAAAUAAUUAAAAAGCAAUAAGUAUGCCUUCUCAUCAGGGUGAAGAAGAAGAUAAACCUUGCAGAGCUUGUAGCGAUUUUAAAUCGUGGAGUAAAAAGACUAAGGUUAAAAUCCAGACACCAAGUAAACCUGAACCGCCACCAUUGGAAGCUAAAGAAUGUCCUUUAGAUAAGGAAGAAUUAGGCAAAUCCACAUGGGGCUUUCUACACACUAUGGCAUCCUAUUAUCCAGAAAAACCAACUAAAUCUGAAGCUGAAAAAAUGGUUCAAUUCUUUAAUAUUUUCUCCCAAUUCUAUCCAUGUGAGCCUUGUGCAUUAGACUUCCAGGAUGACAUAAAAAAACAUCCACCUAAAACAAAAACCAGAGAAGAGUUAGCAAAAUGGUUGUGUGAUAGACACAAUACAGUCAAUAAGAAGCUCGGAAAGCCUAUGUUCGACUGCAGUAAAGUGCAUGAGCGAUGGAAAGAUGGCUGGCUUGAUGGCUCGUGUGAUUAAUAGAAAUAUCACAGCUAAAAUGUCACUUUUCAUUCUGACCUUACAAUCACUAAGAAAAUUGUUGCAUUUAUUUAAAACUACAUGACAUUUUAGCUGUGUUUGUAGUAUAGACAAUAUAAAACAGUUUUUAGUUAGUAUUCAUUCCUGCAAGUAUUCACAGCUGGUGUGCUUAUAAACAGGAAUUGUGAUAAAAGUGUACAAUUUGUAAAAUAUAUUGACUGUUAAAUA